AUGGCCAUGGAGCGCACUCGCAUUGCGAAGGUUGUCGACGACGUGACUCUCUCACGCCGCGGAAUCCAGGUCAGCGGAACAUUGCAUCUGACUCCUCAUCACCUCAUCUUCGUUCACGCCGCUCCUCCCACCGCUGACGGCAAGCAUGCCCGACCCCGAGAAAACUGGAUAACAUACCCCAUCAUUCAUUUCUGCACCCUUCGGCCGAGUCCGACUGCUUCCAGACAGCCCUCGUCCAUCCGCCUGCGCUGCCGCGAUUUCACGUUCUAUUGCUUCUACUUCAAUGAUGAUCGGAAAGCUAGGGAUGUCUACGACAGUGUCAAAGCUUGGACAUGCAAGUUGAGCGGGAUCGAAAAGUUGUAUGCAUUUUCGUAUCAUCCGACAGGGCCCGAAAAGGAUGUCGGGGGGAAAGGUUGGUCUCUGUAUGAUCCCAUGCGCGAGUGGAGGAGAAUGGGUCUCGGUGACGAGAGUCGUAAGACAAACUGGAGGAUUUCCACCAUCAACAAGGACUACAGCUUCUCUCCGACAUAUCCUGCCGUCCUCGCCGUCCCCGCAAAUAUCUCAGAUAAUACUCUGAACUACGCAGGACGAUAUCGAUCUAGAGCGAGAAUACCGGUUCUGACCUAUCUUCAUCCGGUCAACGAUUGUACCAUCACUCGUUCAUCUCAGCCACUUGUUGGAGUAAGAGGAAACCGAAGUAUCCAGGAUGAAAAGCUCGUUGCGGCAAUCUUCAACACCACGAGAGCUGAACGGCCACUCUCUGCCUACAACUCUCCGCCGCCGGAACGCGAGGAUUCUGGAUCCAAUAAAGACACCAACUGCGCAGUGGUCCUGGAUGGUGAAGUCUCACAGGCAGACGCCGAGGCGGUCGAAGAUGCCAUCAUUGCCCGGUUUCGAGGUGACGAUGAUGCGCCGGAAGGCUCAGAUGACAGAAGGCCUAUGGUUUACGGAGCGCAGCAGCGAAAUAUGAUCGUGGAUGCUCGUCCCACCAUCAAUGCGCUGGUCAUGCAGACGCAAGGCAUGGGCUCCGAGGAUAUGAGUAACUACAAGUUUGCUACCAAGGCAUACCUCGGGAUCGACAAUGUUCAUGUCAUGCGAGACAGUCUCCAAAAAGUCAUCGACGCCUUCAGAGAUUCCGACCUGACCCCCUUGGGUCCAAAUCAGGAGUUGCUGCAGAAAAGCAAUUGGUUGAAACAUAUUGGUCUUGUUCUGGAUGGCUCGGGACUCAUUGCCCGACAAGUGGGGCUGCAACACAGCCAUGUCUUGAUUCAUUGCAGUGAUGGCUGGGACAGAACAAGCCAACUUUCGUCUCUCAGCCAGAUAUGUCUCGAUCCAUACUACCGAACUAUGGAAGGGUUCAUGGUACUUAUCGAAAAAGAUUGGCUGAGCUUUGGUCACAUGUUCAAACAUCGAUCGGGAUUCCUGAGCUCGGAGAAGUGGUUUCAGAUCGAGAACGAGCGAAUCAGCAGAGGCAGUGAAGAUACGGAUGGCAAAGAAGAGAAGAGUGGUCCCAUGGCGACUUUCGAAAAUGCCUUUCUGACUGCUAAGGGAUUCUUUUCCAACACCAAAAACAACGAGUCGAGAGAGUCCAUCAAUGUUGACUCGGACGCAGAUGCGCCGGGGAACUAUGACUCGGAGUCGCAACCAGGGAGACGGAUUGUGUCUGCGAGUGGGAAGAAGGAGAAAGAGAAGCCAAUCACAAAGGUCAAGGAGACAUCCCCGGUCUUCCACCAAUUUCUGGAUGCCACAUAUCAACUGCUGUACCAGUAUCCCACCCGAUUCGAAUUUAGCGAACGAUUCCUGCGGCGUCUCCUCUUUCAUCUAUAUUCUUGCCAAUAUGGAACAUUCCUGGGCGACAACGAAAAGGAACGCAAAGAACUCAGGCUCAGCGAGCGCACCCGGAGUGUAUGGGAUUAUUUUCUCGCCCGCAAACAAGAGUUUCUCAACUCAAAGUACGACCCAGUCAUCGACGACAACGUCCGCGGCAAAGAACGCCUCAUCUUCCCAAGACCGGACGAGGUGAGAUGGUGGAAUGAACUCUUCGGCCGCACGGACGACGAAAUGAAUGCCAAACCUCAACCCCUUAUCAAACCUCAAACCAAUGGUUCCGGUGAGGCGGGAGUGACUGAACUAUGGACGUCUGUCUCGGACGCUGGUGGAUCACAAGCUGGCUACUCGUCCUCCGUGUCGGCGCCAGUUUCCAGGGCUAGGACCCCUGUGCUUGUCGGUGUAGAGACAAGUGAAGGGAGUGUGGGGUUAACGAGCUCUCUUUCUGGGAAGUUGAGUUCGAAAAUGCAUGAGCCGGCGGCGGAGAGGGCGAGGAUUCCUGGUCUAUCUGCCCCUGCUCUUGACAUGUCGCGGCCGGGAUCUCGGGCAGCAUCGCCAAUGCCGAGAGAAUCAUUUUCAAGAUCAAGGACGCCCGUCCCCGUUGCGCCAUCGCCGAAACCCGAAUUCAGAAGUUCCAAAUCGCCCCAGGAUGAGUUAAUGAUAAAGAAAGACCGUGACGACGAUGUGAAAACGAGCGACCGCCUCCGAGCCGUGAAGGACGACUCGUCUGCGUCGAAUAUCCUUUCUACGUCAGAUCAGAGCACGGUCAUGAUUCACCAUUUCCCCGAUGAGCAGCAGGCGCAGUCAGUCCCGCUCCCAGCGAGUCCGAGUCUGUCUCCUUCCAUCACACCCCGGGAUCUGGGUCAGGAUAAGGAGGGGGCGAGAGAAGCCAACCAAAAGCAAGAUCAGAACGCGGAAGGGAAUAGAGAUAUCGAACAAGAUGGACCCGAUAGCAAGAUUAGAGAUCCUGCAGAGACGUUGGCGGAUGAUCUGGAUCCCUUGGGCAUCGGUGAGGCUAAAGACAUCCCGAUAGCGCAGCAGAGUCUGUCAAUGUCCAUGCGCGCAAGGAGAAGAGAGCAGAUGGAGUUGUUGAUGAAGUAA